AUGAGCCCAAAGCACGGGGCACUCAGGGGUGACACGCGCGACGGCGCGUAUGCGGAAGCAGCCCCUGCCACUGGUCACGAAAGGGUCAGUGAGCAUGAAGAUUAUGAAGAGAAGAGCAAGCAAGGUGUUGUCCAUGCGGUGGACAAUGCUGUCACCAGGAGUGACGACGCGUCAGAGCUCCUGGUGCUGAUGAGAGGAAUAACCGGACGUCUGGAUAGGCUUGAGGAGUCACAGACAAGGUUGAUAAAAGCUGAGGAAGGGCGUGGAAGACAUAGGGACGCGCCUAUGACUCCGCCUAGACAUUCAAGUUUGUUUGUUUCGGCUUUGGGAAGUGGAACAAGAAUGCACAUGGACAACUUGGAAGGGUCCAAUGAUGCGCCGGUAUUUACUCCGAGGAGACCGGUUGAAGGGCAGAUGUCGUUUGGCGCUGGACAGCCCGAAUAUAAUGGACCCAGCCAGGACGUUCGCGGUCAAGUUGCACCAGGACUUGGAAUUCCUGAUAUGUUGCCCCAAGCUGGAGGACAUGGGUACAUGCAACAUCCCGACUUAAAUGGAUACGGUCAUGCACAAGGAAAUAUACUUCAAGUGCGAUAUCCUGAUGCAAGGCAAAAGAAGCUCGGCAUUCGGCCGUUUGAUGGAAGCGAACUGUAUGAAGGACUUGGUUCUGGAUUCUUGGAAGAGAUACUAUAA